CACCGAACACUAUAUUUCCCAAGCAUUUAGAUGUCAUGCAGUUCUCGAUACAAAUGAGAACGAUACGAAUAGAACGCGAACGAGAACGAAACUUAAUUUCCUCAUCUUUUUCUCGUGUCCAGAAAGUAACAUCUGGCAAAUAGCUGCAGUAAAAGGAAGUGAAAGGAUAUUAUUGCAUGUCGAAACAGUCAAGAAACUCUCCUGCAACAUGCAGGGAAAUAAGCGAACGUUCGGAGGGAAGCUAUAUAAUUAUGGCGUAUGUCUGCGAUAUUUUUGGCGAAAUUCCUGUACCGAUUCCGUGUCUCGAUGUCGCAUGCGAAGGAGACAACGAGAAAAAUAUGCGCGACUGGCACAUUAAUCAUGCAAGAAAAUUGACGUUGUCCAUUCAUUUUGCAUGAUCCGGCAAUCCUCUGCAUUUCCCAGGACACGAUAUAUCGGCAAAGUUUACCUCGAAGCUGACACGAUACAUUUAUUGUCAGUCCGCUGUACACCUUCGACUCGCAAAGUCCAAAAAAUCAUGCAGUCUGCUGACCUCACUCGAGCGUCGAACAUAGUAAUUUGGAACAAAUGGUUCCUGUCCUUUCUGGGCUUAUGGCCGUGCAAGGUGAAUCAGCCUCUGUUCGUAUUCUUCACCACGUACAUGGUGAUUUAUUGUGUCAUAGCAGCGAAUCAUUUGAUCAAGCACAUCGACCAGCCGGACCGCGUCGUGGCGAAUUUAACGGAUAACGUGCUGCUCACGAUGAUAUUGGGAAAGAUGAUCAUAAUCAGACGCAGCAGCGGAAUAAUGGCCAAGUUUCUGAAGAGUAUCGAGGCCGACUUCACGACGGCGAUGUACGAGACUCUUCGGGAGAAAAUGGCGUAUUUAUAUUACAACGAGAUCGCGCUGAUUUUCAUAAAGAUCUCGAUGAGCAUGACAGCGUUUACGGCCGGAUUGUAUUACUUCAGGGUAUUCUUUCUAUAUUGGAGCGCAUCGGUAUCCCGUAAUUUUUCGUAUGAAUUACCGUAUCCGGUUCAUCCCUUCUUUGAGAUCAAGGACACGCCUACGUACAUAUGUGUCUGCAUCUACCUGUUUAUAUGCGUGCCGAUUAUAACAUGCGGUUACGGUGGACCGGACGCUUACAUACUCAGCUUGGCUCUCCACAUUUGCGGUCAGUUCGCCGCUUUAUCAUGCAAAGUCAACAAUCUGCUGAAAGAUCACGAGAAUCAUCAUCGUCACAUGAGUAACAUCAUAGUGAGACAUUACCAUCUAAUAAGAUUAGCGGAGAUCUUAGAGAACAAUUUCAACAUGAUAUGCCUACAGCAAACUCUGGGAACCGUACUCUUGCUGUGUUUAACAGUAUAUCAUAUGAUUUCGAAUACGGAGGAAUACGGCGAAGAUACUAAUACUAAUGUUAUAGCUUUCGCAUUAUAUACAACCUGCGUUGUCGGUACAAUCCUCUCUUAUUGCUUUAUAGGCGAGUGUCUCAUCACUGAGAGUGCCGGAUUGCGCGAGGCAUUUUAUAAUUCCGACUGGUACAAUAAUCCGCCAUCAAAUACAAAAUUAAUCGGCAUUUGUAUGAUCCGAUCUGAGAAACCAUUAAUAUUGACUGCCGGCAGAUUCUACGCGUUAUCAUUGAACACGUUUACGAGUAUUGUAAAAACAUCGAUGGCGUACCUGUCUGUGUUACGCCACUUUUUGUAAAACAAUAUUGAUUUGCAAAUAUUUUGUCGAAAUUUGUC